CUCCACCUUCCCGAGCUGUGCCCGCUGGCCCGGCCAAGUGUCACAUGGUGCCUCACUCGUUUCCAUCUGACGGGACUCCGAGCAGCUCUGCCCUUGUUGGUCUUUGAGCGGCUUCUGUCAGCUGCGUCUCCGAGUCCUUUGCUCGUUUUCCUCUUGCGUCGCUGGUCUCUUCGUGUCGAUCUGCCAGUUCCACGUGCAGUCAGUUCCACUCCGCCGCUUGCUUUGAAAACUCGGAAUUUACUGCAGUGGAUACAUUGGGAUCGACUUGAGGGUAACUCCUCCCACACCUCCUAAGGCGCACCCCUGCCAGCAGGACACCCACUUCUGUGAGCAAACUCCGGGUCUUUUUCAAGGAUGACGCGGCACGGCAAGAACUGUACGGCGGGGGCCGUCUACACCUACCACGAGAAGAAGAAGGACACAGCGGCCUCGGGCUACGGGACCCAGAACAUUCGACUGAGCCGGGAUGCCGUCAAGGACUUCGACUGCUGCUGCCUCUCUCUGCAGCCCUGCCAUGACCCUGUCGUCACCCCGGACGGCUACCUGUAUGAGCGCGAGGCGAUCCUGGAGUACAUUUUGCACCAGAAGAAGGAGAUCGCCCGGCAGCUGAAGGCCUACGAGAAGCAGCGGGGCGCCCGGCGGGAGGAGCGGAAGGAGCUGCAGCGGGCGGCCACGCAGGACCAGGUGCGGGGCUUCCUGGAGAAGGAGGCGGCCAUCGUGAGCCGGCCCCUCAACCCCUUCACGCCCAAGGCUGCCUCGGGAACCGGCCCAGAUGAUGCCCAGGCGGGUCCCAGCGCCGCCGGCCCCGCGGGCAAGGACAAGGACAAGGACAAGGACAAAAUGCUGCCCAGCUUCUGGAUCCCGUCGCUGACCCCCGAGGCCAAAGCCACCAAGCUGGAGAAGCCGUCGCGCACGGUGACCUGCCCCAUGUCCGGGAAGCCUCUGCGCAUGUCCGACCUGACGCCGGUGCGGUUCACGCCUCUGGACAGCUCCGUGGACCGCGUGGGGCUCAUCACGCGCAGUGAGCGCUACGUGUGCGCCGUGACCCGGGACAGUCUGAGCAACGCCACGCCGUGCGCCGUGCUGCGGCCCUCGGGGGCCGUGGUCACCCUGGAGUGUGUGGAGAAGCUGAUCCGGAAGGAUAUGGUGGACCCUGUGAACGGGGAGAAGCUCACAGACCGCGACAUCAUCGUGCUGCAGCGGGUGAGCAGGGCCCCUUCCACGGUGCCUUCCGGCCAGGCCCCUCCCAAGGCCCCGCCCCUCAACAGGCCACUCCCUCCCCGAGGCCCCGCCUCCUCAACAGGCCACUCCCUCCCCAAGGCCCCGCCUCAACAGGCCACUCCCUCCCCGAGGCCCCGCCUCAACAGGUCACUCCUUCCCAAGGCCCCGCCUUCUCACAGGCCACUCCCUCCCCAAGGCCCCACCUCCUCAACAGGCCACUCCCUCCCCGAGGCCCCGCCUCCUCCAAGGUCCACCUCAACAGGCCACUCCUCCCAGAGACAAUGCCUCCUCAAAGCCACGCCCCUCGCCACACUCCUACCCUGA